UCAGAUAAGCAGUAUGUAUUCACGGAAGGCAGGUACGCAGCACUACGUAUCAUUUUCAGAAUUUGGCGCCAGGUAGUUUCACGCUUGAAGGAUGUACGCGCAGUUUGAUUUGGACACUGCGACUAUCUAAAUUAUGAAGACUGCCUGCGGUUAAUACCGGAUUAUGCACACUAUCUUCAGAGAAAGGAACUGAAAAAGUGCAUACAGAAUGUCAGUGGCAGUGGAAACAACAGUGUCCAGGGGGCCUCUCCCUCUUCCGACUCACUUCUCCCAUGCAGAGCAGUCCUUCUCCCUCAAAAAGCGGCAUCUCCCGUUUUCCCUGUCGUCUAUGUCCAACUCAUCCUACUUAUCCCCUGCCCGGCUCUCACAUUCUCUGCCUCCGCUGCCACCAUCCAAGGGAUGCCCCCCUUUGAGCAGGAUGUUCCCCCAGCAUCAGUCUCCUUGGACACCUCUGUCUUGUUCCCUUAGUAAGUCUCCGCCUCCGAAUUCUGUAUAUGAUCCCAGCAAACAUCAGACCUAUUUCAAUCAGUGCUUCACUAAUUUGGGCCUACUGGGAAGAGGAUCCUUCGGAGAGGUCUACAAGGUGCAAAGCAACGAGGAUGGUCGCCAGUAUGCAGUGAAGCGGUCUGCUCAUCGCUUCAGGGGUAACAGUGAGAGGAACCGGAGCGUGCGGGAAGCCAGGAACCAUGAGCGCCUGUGUCCUCACCCUCACAUCCUGAAUUUUGUGGCAGCCUGGGAGGAGUGUGGCCGACUGUACAUUCAGACAGAGCUGUGUAGCACCAGCUUGCUGCUCCAUGCUGAGAACCAGCCCCCUGGCCCAGGGCUGUCUUUUAAAACUAAUCCAGAUGAGCCUGCAGCAUGGGCCUACCUGUGCGACCUCCUCUCAGCACUGCAACACUUGCACGCUCAUGGUUUUGUUCAUCUGGACCUCAAACCCGCCAAUGUCCUCAUCACUGACUCUGGUCGUCUCAAGCUGGGGGACUUUGGGCUGCUGCUUGAGCUCAAACAGAAGAGUACCGAGCCUAUAGACGGGAAAGUCAAAGAGGAUGCUCAGGAGGGAGAUCCCAGAUAUAUGGCCCCUGAGCUUCUCCAUGGGGAAUAUGGACCUGCUGCAGAUGUUUUCAGUCUCGGUGUUUCUAUUCUGGAGCUUGCCUGUAAUAUUGAAGUUCCAAAUGGUGGUGAGGGCUGGCAACAGCUCAGACAAGGCUGCCUCCCCUCAGAGUUUACCAGUGGUCUGUCAACUGAGCUGCAGACAGUACUGCAGAUGAUGCUUGCCCCAGAGCCCUCUGAGAGACCAACAGUCUCUGAGCUUCUUGCCCUCCCCUCUGUUAGGAAACACAGGUGGAAGAGGCGCAUCUAUCUUAUGGUUGCUGAGACUUUUCUGACUCUGGCCUCCUUCUGCCAGGUGGUGGUGUGCUUCGGGUGUAGACUCCUGUCCUCCCUUCACUUGUCCUUUCUUCCUCGUUGGACCAAGCCAGUGCCCUGCACUCCUCCUAAGGACAGUUGGGACAGGGAUUUAACCCUGCCCCUCAGUGCCAUGCACGCUGACUCAGGUAGCCCAGAGGAUGAUGCAGUGUUUCUGCUGGAUCCCGCAGACCCAGAGCUUUCCCCCACCUUCUCACACAGGGUCAAAUCUAGACUGUCUGUGGAAAGCACAUCCACUCCUCUGCCAGGUUCACCGACACACAUUCAUCCAAGUCCUGCCCACACACCAUCUUGCUCAGAUCUGGGGGACUGGUCCUCCUGUAACUUGGCUCAGACCCCCUCCAGCAUCCACUCCAAUGGUUCCUGCCACACACUGACCCCCAGUGCAAGCCCCACUCAUGCAGAGCUUCUUUCAGACAGCAUGAAUGAAAAGUCCAUGCAGAGCAGACACUCUUCAUCCACCAAGUCCUCACAGCAACAUGGUCGCAACUGGGUCCGAGCAGAGGACGCUGUACCCCGAUCCAACUUUGAACCGAAGAACCUGCUCUGUCUGUUCGAGGACACAGCUCUAGAGGGACAGCCAUGAAGACUGCCAGUUUACCUUCGGGGACACGGUCUUUCACUUAAAGGUGUCAGGGGAAAAACAACCUAAUGUAUGAAUGUACUAAGUUCACUACUUAGUUUGCUUGAACUGUUUUUUUGUUUGUUUGUUUUGGGUUUUUUUUUUGCCAUUUUGUAAAAGUUGUACUGCAGCUUCUUUUAACAUGCAUUUGAAAAAAUGAAUUUGGGGAUAAGGCUUGAAUAUGUAAUCAGACGAUAAAGCACUUUUUAUGUUUGUAUAAAUGCAAUCUGUUGCUGAAAUGACAAGUAAUGGUUUAUUGUUAUAUAAAUGUUAUCAUUAGCUUGGUGUACUCUGAGUCAUGUACCUCAAGAGUUACAAAAGAAAAUAAAAUGAGGAGGA